AUGAUUGAACUCGGAUUGGGCCGAAUAAGUCGCCUGCUCAGGCAUACACCACAACCAUGGAAAGCGAUUCAUGUUGCAGGCACCAACGGAAAAGGCACAAUAUGCGCCUACCUCUCUGCUAUGCUCCAUGCAAGUGGUGUACGUUGUGGCCGAUUUACAUCUCCACAUUUAAUUGACCGAUGGGACUGUAUCACCAUCAACGAGCAAACCGUCAAGGAAUCGGUGUUCAAAGAAGCGGAGAACCUGGUGCUGAGGCGGAAUCGUGCAGAGAACAUCGAAGCUUCGGAAUUUGAGCUGCUGACCGCAACUGCCUUUGAGGUAUUUGCAAGGGAGAAAAUAGAGAUGGGUGUUGUCGAAGUUGGACUCGGUGGACGAUUGGAUGCAACCAAUGUUAUGGAAAACAAAGCCGUCACAGUCAUCUCUAAAAUCGGCCUUGACCAUCAGUCAUUCCUGGGAAACACCAUCGAAGAGAUUACUUACCAAAAAUCUGGUAUCAUGAGAUCUGGAAUUCCUUGUGUAUUGGACAAGAGCAAUCCCGCAUCUGUGCGCAAAGUUGUGGAAGAUUAUGCAAAGGAGAUUGGAACAGAAGUAGUUCUCAGCUCUACAGAGUCGUCCUUCUUAGACGAAUUGUCUAAAGAGGACUUCGAGCCUCAUCAAUGGCAGAAUCUUGCCUGCGCAUAUACUGCGUUCCACUUGGCCUAUACUAAACUGGAGUCUCCUUUACAUCGCUUACUGCCUGCGGUUCAAAACGUCACCUGGCCCGGACGCUUGCAGACUUUGGACAUCAGAAGUGUUACAGGAAGGUCUCAACCUGUUCUCCUUGAUGGUGCCCAUAAUGUGCAAUCGGCAGAAGUAUUGGGCACAUAUGUGGAUAAAAAACUACGUACAGAUGGGAGAAAAGUGACCUGGGUUCUUGCUGCUUCGCAAGGAAAAGAACUCGAGGGUAUUCUGAAGUCACUGCUCCAUCAAGGCGAUUGUGUGGCUGCUGUGAAGUUUGGUCCUGUCGACGGCAUGCCUUGGGUCCAAGCUAUGGAAACCCACGACAUUAUUUCUGCUGCCGCUGCUUCGGGAGUGGAUCCUACCCAUCUGCACGGCACUGGUGAUAUCUCUACUGCUCUGCGCUGGGCAACCACAGUUGCCGGAGAUGGGCCACUGGUCAUUGCAGGCAGCCUGUACUUGGUGUCUGAUGUUCUUCGACUUUUGCGCGAGGCAGAGAAAGUGAAGAAUGAAUUGCUAGGGCAGUCUCCAAUCCUAGAACGAAGUCCUACGGCAGGACAAAUGCAGGGCCUAAUAUCAAAGAAGAUUGCGGGUCUUGUCUCGGCUCAGUCCUCUCCAGUCAAGCUUAAAGUCGUAAGGUUUGAGCACAUUGAGGACAUUAAUUCAGCGCCGGCACAAUUCUCUGAAGACGCCAGCGAAAGUGGCACAUCAACAGCCGUGGUCGAUGCCAGAGAAAGAGAGCAUGUAGAAAUGUCGUCUCCACCCGCAGUGUCCUCGCGACCUUCGUCACCAACGAAAAGACGAGAUAUCAGCGGCCUGCAGUUGCCAAUUCAAAAAAAAUUGAGAUUCGCUGGAUUGGAAGACGAAGACGAAGACUCGUCGGAUACUUCCCCAACGGUCAUGAAUGCAUUCCAGUCGUUUGAAGACAUGUCAAUCAAGGAAGAAAAUAAUGACAAGACGGAUUCUUUGCCCAUGCCCAGCCUCCGAAUCCGCAGGCGGGAAACGUUUUGUACGCCGUCUAGUGCUAUUCUGAAGAUGGCUCUUCCGAGCACCUUCAAACCGUACUUCGACAUGGAGCAGAUUUGGGAGAAGUGUGUAUUAGUCAAUAGGAGGCGGGUCGAAGUCCGUGUCAAUAAGGACGGGGAAGACGAGAUAGUUCAAGUGCCCUAUUCUGAGAGCACCUACGUCAAUAUGGCCAAAAAGGUCAUACGUCGCUUUCUUGCCGUCAAAUAUAAUUGCUACCCAUAUACUGAGGACCUCGAUUCUGACAUCGAGUUUCUUUCAAGUCUGGAUCUCCCUGAUUUCAUUAUGAUCUCUAAACCUCAGAAGUCUGACCCAAUUGCGCCAUUAGCAAGUAUCCUUCGCGAAAGCAGGAUUCAAGAACGCUUAGAGACAUUCCGCUGUCUUGCGAUACAUCCGUAUUACAGAGACCAAGACUUUGAAGCAAAGACCAACAUGAAACAAGAUUUGAUACUGUUGUUCGAUAGACGCUUCACUUGCGACGUGGCUGUUGUAUAUGGCGUUGUGGUGCCGAUAACUCACGACUUGCUUCGCCUCGGGGAUGACCAAGCAUUCUGCGAAGAAGACGGCCUCGAUACAGGUGGAUCUGACGAUACAGAACUUGAGGAAAAGAAUGAAGCUGCGUGGGAGACACUUCUCAAAUAUGGAUAUGAGAAGGAUCCAAUGACGUAUUGGCUCCAAUGGGGUAGAGACCACGUCCCUGACGAAUUCAGUGGCAAGAUUGCUACACCGAAGAACGUCUUCUUGGAGGACGAAGAAGAACAAGAACAGACCGAUGAGCAGGAGGAAGAGGUAGAUGACGAAGGAGAGGAAAUUGAGCAGAGUGAGAACUCGGAUGACUCUGUACUCUCGAACAUUGAUGAUGAGCCAUACGUGGUGACCCCGAGCAUCGUUAAAGAGGGUACAGACUAAAAAGAGAUGCAUCAGUAAGGUUUGAUCAUUAUUUGAGUAUUCAGGAGCGUUGGCAGGUAUGGUAUGCUAAGCUUAGAAGCGGUAUUGUCGAUAGAGUCAUAAAAGUAGUUUGAUACCUCUCAACACCCUAAACUAUAACGGUCAAUACGGUCGUGUGUUCUUCUUCAUAAUGUCCAGAAUUUCGGCACCACUUCUCAGACAAACCAACCGACUACUAGUCAUCCCAUGCCAACCAUCAACCCUCUCACCUC